AUGUCUGCUCUUAAAACAAGCAUCGUCCGCUCUCUGUUCCCUCCUUCUGUGCGUCCCCAAGUCCAUGCCCGCACCUUAAGGGUUAUGGUCCAGACUCAAACCCCGACCCCGAAUACUCGCGUACUCACCACCACUUCCAAGAUGGCAACGUCUUUGGCUGAAAACAGAGAACCAACACCCAGGGGUCCGUCGACUCUUCCAGCCCCUUCAAAACUGCCAUCCUUGCAGAAUCCCGCCCGUGAUCCUUAUGGCCAGACCUCUACGCCCUUCAACGACCUCCUUAACGCCCUCUCCGAGUCUCUAACGACAACCCGCCCCCCUCACCUCCCGACACUCACGGACCAUCUACGCGCCUACACCUCUCACCCCUCACACUGGUCACAGUACGCCGUCCAGAACCCGGACAAGCAAUACACGCGCAACCUUGUCGCGGAGGAGCCCAAGAUCUUCAACCUGCUGAUCCUUGUCUGGACGCCUGGCAAGAGGAGCCCGGUGCACGACCACGCUUCCAGCCACUGCCUGAUGAAGAUCCUCCAGGGGACGCUACGAGAAACGCGGUACGAGAUGCCAGAGGGGAAGGACAGUGUGGAGGGCGGGUUGAGGGAGCUGCAGAGGAAGGAAUAUGCGGCGGGGAAGGUGGCAUAUAUAUCCGAUCGGUUGGGCUUGCAUGAAAUCUGCAACCCGAGCGAGACGGAGUAUGCUGUUAGUCUGCACCUAUACACCCCGCCCAACGCGGCGAUGUACGGCUGCCAUGUUUUCGAUACGGCGACGGGGAAGUCGACGUAUGUUCCCCCGGGAGCCUAUGAUUCUGUUCGAGGCGUCGUCUCCAAGUAA